AUGAUGCGGCGAACAUUGAUGGCCAGUGGCAGCUGUAUGCUGUCUAUGAGGAAGCCUAACGCUCGCGACACGCUCAUUGAGAAGGAAAAUCAGCUGCUGGUAAAGCGACUCAUGACAGUGAAGUCUGUUUUCGACCCUAACGGGAAGGACUUGGAGGAGUUCCGCACCCACCAGCGCAGGGUUCAAGUGAUGCAGGAGUUCAGAGGAUCUGCAUGUGCACGGCCGCCACCGCCCCCGGUGCCUGAACCCAAGCCCUCCAAGCCACGGGUGGCUGCCAGCCUUUCCGACACGAACCUGCGGCACCUCAGUGCCUUACUGUGUCCUUGGGACCUUCCAGCAAAGCGCUCGACAGUGCAGCCUCAGUCGCAAGCAGACACAAUGCGAGCAGAUGUCUCACCAGAGGAGCCACAACCUCGGGCGCAGCCUGCCGAGCUCGCUGUGGCCACGAGCCCUCAGCCCAUGGGGACCAUGGCCAGCGAGGCGGAGGCCACGGCCGUCUCGAGCUCGAGCGGCCCGAGUGGCCCGAGCCCAGAGAGCAGCGCGCCACCGCAUGCGGACUCGGCCACACCUCUCCAGUCCACCUCCCUUUCCCCUCCCCACCAGACCCAAACCGCCCAAAGCCAACCCACGACGACGAGUCCGAGUCCGUAUGCACUCCCUAGUGGCAGCGCCUCCCAGGAGGCAGCUGAGACUCCCGACCACCUUGCAGGGCCUGCGUCGAUCACGGCCUCUCCUCCACAAGCGCAUGCUGUGCCAGCGCCAGCACCAGGGACUCUGAGCAGCGACCGGCAUGCAGAUCCCUUUGGGGACUUGGACCUUUUCGGCAAUCGCGGUAUAGGCACCGGUCCUGCAGCAGCUGCACCAGCAGCCGCGAACGAGACGGCUCAGAGCCGCCCUGCCGACCCUUUCGGUGGUCUCGACUAUGCCGGCAAUCGUGCAGGCACAGAUGCAGAUGCGAGAACAGAAGCGACGGCGUUACCUUCUGCUCAAGCGGAGCCAGGCUUGACGAAUGCAAUGACAGCCCAGCCUGACAGGCAUGCAGAUCCUUUCGGCGAGCUUGACAUUUUCGGUAACAGUGAAGCGAAGCCUGCUGAAGGCGGCGGUCGCCCGAGACGUCGCCGUGGUUGA